AUAGUGGCCGGCGGAUCUGACAUACUGGGAACUGGAGGGAAAUCCGGGUUACAUUAACCAAGCUUCCAAGUCGUAGGUUGACAGAGUUUGUCUGAAAUGUGCGGAGAUGGCUGCUACGCUUGCUUCUGUUACCUUUUCAGACGUUCCCCAGUUGUUAGUAACUUUGUUUGGUUGGAGACUUGGACCCUUGAAGUUUGAACAGCCAGCCACCAGGGGGUGGACCAGCCGCCGAGUCCCCAACAAAAUGUCGAUCGAUGUUGACGUUCGGCGAGGGGAAGCUUGAAGCUGGCGCUACUUGCUACCAUCGAACAUAGCGAACGUCUGAUAUUGGCAGCCAACAAAAUGACAUUGGC